AUGGAUCCAUCCACCUACACCGAUCCCCAGCUCACCUUCCAAGAUCGAUUGGUGAUCGAUGCCAUCGUCCAACCCAAGUCGGUCUCAAAAAAUCAGGAAACGGCAAAGCCGGACAAGCUGAGCAAGGAAACUAUUGAGAAGCUUCACAACCUAAAUGAUCCCUCUCAUCCUGAAUUUGAUCCAACCGUCUUCCAGCUCUGGGAUCUCCCGCUGCUGAGGGCCAAGCUGCCCGCGCCUAUCCAGAAAUAUGUGCUGACGCCGUACAUCAAUUGGGCGAAAGGUGUCGUACGCUUUCAGACUGAUGUGGUUAUGGUAACACAUCUCAUUCUUUAUUUCACCACCAUUGUGCCCAGUGCUAUAUUGCUAUUCUACCGUUUUUCUUAUUUACAUGGCUUCAUGCAUUGGUUCAUGCAACUGUUCUACUGCGGCGCGUUCACUUUGAUGAAACAUCAACAUAUUCACAUGAACGGUGUGUUGUCGCCGAAAUACUACCUGCUCGACACGCUAUUCCCUUACCUGCUUGACCCCAUGCUCGGGCAUACAUGGAACUCCUACUUUUACCACCACAUCAAACACCACCACGUCGAGGGCAAUGGUAGAGAUGAUCUGAGCACAACGAUGUACUAUGACCGCGACAGUGUCCCCGACUUCCUCUGCUAUGUGGGUCGCUUUGUCUUCUUCAUCUGGUUUGAGCUUCCGAUGUACUUCUUCCGAAAGGGCCAGACGAAGUAUGCUUUGAGAUGUGCCUUCUGGGAGUUGAGCAACUAUGUCGCUCUCUAUACGCUCUACAACUAUGUCAAUGCCCGUGCGACAUUGUUCGUGUUCCUCCUUCCUCUCACCGUCAUGCGUCUGGGCUUGAUGGUUGGCAAUUGGGGCCAACAUGCUUUCGUGGACCCGGCCGACCCUGACUCGGAUUACCUUUCGAGUAUCACAUUAAUUGAUGUCCCGAGUAACCGAUUCUCCUUCAAUGAUGGAUACCACACUUCCCACCACCUGAACCCCCGCCGCCACUGGAGAGAUCACCCCGUCGCCUUCCUGACGCAGAAGAGUCGCUAUGCCGAAGAAGACGCUCUAGUGUUCCGGAACGUUGAUUAUAUCUUCAUCACCGUUAAUCUAUUAAGAAAGAACUACGUGUAUCUCGCGAAAUGUCUGAUCCCCAUUGGUGAUCAAGUCAACAUGACCCUUGACGAGCGAGUGGAGAUGCUGCGCCGUCGGACACGGAAGUUCCCCAAGCCGUCAUCAAAAAAGACCCAAUAA